AUGCUGCCUGCUGCCCACCGAAGCACAAGCGCCCAGGCGCCCGGGGCCCGGGAGCGCCCCACCCUCUGGCCUCAGGGCCUGCUCCCACCAGGGAUCUCCUGGGCCUGGCAGGGUCCCUGUGCCAUCGAGGAGACAGAGGUGACAGAAAUGGAGGUGACAGAGAUGGUGGUGACAGAGAUGCCCCUGGGGCGCCUGGACACCCUGGGCCACUGGCUGGAUGGCAUGAGGAGCUGCAGGCCUCACAGGGGUCCAGCCCCUGAAGCCACAGUGGCUGCCACCCAGCUGCAGGAGCAGGAGCUGCUCAGGUGCCUGCUACAGGAUCGGGUGCCACAGGUGGAGCUGAGCCUUUGGGAGGCAGAAAGCCCAGCAGAGCUGUGUGCACAGGGGGACUGCUUGGUUCAGCAGGCAGAGGCCAGGUGGGGACUCCUGGAGCAGCUCGUCCUGGAGACACAGAGCUUUGAAAUGGCCUGUGAGGCUCUCCUGGCACAGCUGAGUCCAGGCGAGCAGCUCCUGGCUAAGCUCUGGCAGGGCCGGCUGGGGCCUGAAGGCCAGGAACGGGCUAUGUGGUGCCUGCAGCAUGUGUGUGAGGGGGCUGUGGCGUGGGCUGAGUACCUGGAGAGGACCCUGGAGACUGGCCAGUGGCUGGCGGAUCUGCUUGCAGGAGACCAAGCUUGGCUGCUGAGCGUCCAGCAGUAGCUGCUACAUGCCUUGAGGACAGGGUCCCCCGAGCCCUCACCCCCAGCCAGGCCUGGCAGUCCAGCUCGAUCGGGAGGAGGGGGCAGCUUCUCCACCCAGCUGUCUCUCCCCAGCUGUGUUAAGGGCAGAGGUGCAGCCCCCGGGGGGCGCUGGCCAGAAGCUCAGGAGCAGGACACUGGGUUGAAGGCCACGCGGGGCCGGGCAGAGUGGGCAGCUAUUGAGGAGAGGUUCCAACCUGAGGGCAGCUGGGCCCCCGCCUUGCAGGGGCGUCAGCUGGAGGCCCAGGCAGGCCCAGGUGAAUGUGGCCAGCCUAGGACCGCACCUCAGACUGCACUGCUGUGGGAGCACAUAGGGCCAAGGCCAUGCACCCUGGAGGACAUGCUGCUGCACAUGGGCCGCUUUAUGGGGGAGCCACUCGCACUUCCUGGAAGGCUGGGCCAGGCUGCGCCCAGUGGGACCAAGGGGGUGCCUGUGGCCAGAGGCUCCAUCCUGCAUAGUGACUUUGUGGACCAGCCCAGGGCCCAGGCCUGGGGGCUGGAGGAAGAGACUGUGCUCGCUCUGAGGGGCCCUGACUGGGGGCGGCCACAGUGGGCAGAGGCCACCACAGGGAGCUGGAGUUUCAGGAAGUCGGAGCCCAGGGAGAGGAGCUGGGAGGACAAGGACCAGUGGGGGCAGCCUGCCCGGCUCCCCAAUGGCCAGCAGCAGCCACACAGCAUGGCCAGUGUGGAGGACACAAGUGGGGACAAGCACACAGCUGGCCAGAGGCUGGCCCAGGGCCGAGGGAGCCUGGGUGAACAGGCAUCUCUAAGUGCCCCUAUGGUGUGCGCAGGAGGUGGCUGGGUGGCUCUGGAUGAGUUUCUGGUUAAGGAUGACCCAGGCAGAGCAACGGGGAGGACCAGCCAGAAGAUCCACGAGAAGCUCCUGUCCUGGGCUGGGGCUCCCCGCAGGCCAGCCCCCAAGGUCACCCCCUGAGGCUGUGGGCCUCCAUCACCAGCACCUCCAUCACCAGCACCCCUGCCUCGGAAGGUGGGUGCGAGGAUGGGCUUCAGAGAGUGGGGCCAGGAAUUCCCAGGUAUGCAGGGGACCUUCUCUGAGCCCAGGUGGAGGGGCUGGACCAGCGGGGUGAGGCCUGGCCAUCCCUCCCAGACAGGGCUGCAAGCCUGCUGGGGAUGCAGAGACCCCAGCUCUUACAAGGUCAAGGCUGAGGAGAGGCCCCCGAGGACGCCGGGACCCAGCAGACAUUGCACCCGAAGCAAAGCGCGGAGCCGUCCUGAGGGGACUGGACGGGGAGCGGGGUCGGGACAGCGACACCUGCCUGCAGGGCCCUCCGGCCCGCUCUCACUCCCGAGCAAUAAAGUCGCGUUUGGGGA